AUGUCGCUGUCCCACACGGCCGCCGAGUUCAUGCUAUCGGAUGCGCUGCUGCCGGAGCCGGGCGGGGCCCGCACCCAGCGGCUGCGGCUGGAGCUGCGCAGCGACCGCCUGCUCAAGUUCGUCACCGUGGGGCUGCCCCUCUGCCUCGUCUCAUUGGCCAUCGCCCGCGAGUUCUCUGCCGGCUCCCAGAUCAGCUGCUUCCCUCCCACCAACUUCACCGGGAAGCAGGCUGCCUACGUUGACACAGCCUGCUGGGACUCCCUGCUCCACCACGGCUCUGACACCGAGGGACAGCCCUUCACCAGGUCCCUCUGGGCACUCAAGGCUUUCCCCUACUCGCUGCUGGUGGUGGCAGUGCUGAUGUACCUGCCCUGCCUGCUGUGGCGCUGCGCAGCUGCCCCUGCCCUGCACUGUGACCUGCUCUUCAUCAUGGGUGAGCUGGACAAGUCCUACAACCGCUCCGUGCGCCUGGUGCAGCACAUGAGGAAGGUGCAGCAGGCCGGCGCUGAGCCUGAGACCUUCUGGGAGGAGUACGAGAGGGCUCGCCAGGAGCGGUACUUCGAGUUCCCACUGCUGGAGCGCUACCUGGGCUGCAAGCAACACACCCACUCCUUGGUCUGCAUCUACCUCCUGAGGAACCUCCUCCUGCUUCUCUUCUUGGCCGUCACCUGCCUCUACUUGGUCUUCCUCCACCUCAACAUCUUCUUCCAGGAUGAAUUCAGUUGCUCCAUCAGAACAGGGCUGCUCCAGGCGGAGCCCCACAUUCCCCCUCUCAUCCCCUGCAAGCUGCCCUUCUACUCCAUCUUCCAGCUCACCAGCGUCUCACUAGGCUGUGUCUAUGUCCUGCUCAUCCCUGUCGUACUCUACAGCACCCUGCAGCUGUGCCAGUGGGACAAAGGGCUGCUGUCUGUCUAUGAAAUGCUGCCUGCCUUUGACCUGCUCAGCCGCAAGAUGCUCACCUGCCCUGUCAAUGACCUCAACGUCAUCCUCCUCUUCCUCCGUGCCAACAUCUCUCACCUCACCUCCUUCAGCCACCUCAAUGCCCUCAGCGCCCUGAGGGAAGCCACUGCCAAUAAGGAGGACAUCGACACUGUGGUGGACUUCAUGACACUGCUGGCUGGGCUGGAGACAACCAAACCUAAACACCCUGAGGCCGAAGGCAACGCUUCCCUCUGCAACGGCAGGGAUUGA